AUGAUUCCACCCGCGGAAGAGGCAACCGAUAUAUUUUCUCUUUCUGAUCAGGUUUUGGCCGACAGGCUCGAGUUUGUCCAGGAGAUCGGCUUUGGCAAUUGGGGUAGUGUAUGGCUAUGUAAACCGAAGACUACGUCGACGAAGGGUAGGAAGGAACCUCUCAAGGUAGCCGUCAAGGUCGUACAUCGAUCAAAGACGACCACAACGGCUGCUCGAGUCAAAUCAUUGUGGAACGAAAUGAAGAUCGUCCGCUUGUUCAAGGAAGACCCACAUCCAUCUAUCGUACCUUUUCACUCGUUUAUCAUCACACCCUCGUAUGCCCUCAUCACGAUGGAAUAUCUACCCGAACUCAUCCCAGUUGAAGUACCAGAACCGAAAGCCAAGGAAUGGUUUCGAUCACUACUCUCUGGCGUUCAGUUCCUUCACGAACACGGCGUCGUACAUAACGAUAUCAAACCUGCCAACAUCCUUUUAUCUACUUCACUCAUCCCCGUACUUGUCGAUUUCGGCUUUGCCGAGCGCUACGAAUUAAAGUCAUCAAAGGCUUUCCAAAGUAACCUGACGUAUGGCACACCUGAGUACCUCUCACCAGAGCGGGCUCGCGGCUUACCACACGAUACACGCAAAUCCGAUGUCUGGUCUCUCGGCGUCACGUUCUUCGAGAUUCUCGUCGGCCGGACACCUUUUGAACACGUUGAGGGUGAACAGUUCGAGACCAAGGAAGACCUGGAGAAAUAUUGGGCUCGUACCUUGCGUGGCAAGUGGGUCGGAAAGUGGACUAUGUCGAGGGCGAUUGAGAAGCUGCUGAAGAGGAUGAUCCAGCCUAACGCUGACUUGCGCUGUGUUACGGCUGACGCGAUAGAGGACCCGUACUGGACUUCAACUGAGACACCUUCGUCCAGCCUUGGGUCAUCGCAUCGUGCGUUUCUUUCACCUCGUUUACAUUUUGUUCUAUGA